AUGAGUGGCGGUGGCACCGGUAGGGGUUCUGGUCGUGCUCAUUUUCGGAGCAGGUUGGGCUGUUGCAUUUGCGGGACCAAGUCGUCUAGUUCUCGUUUCACUGCUUCCGAGCGCUACGCGGAACACUUUGGGCCCUGCUUUGGUGAUAUCGCCUCUAGGCGCUGCGGUGACCUCUGCAAUGCUUGCGUACUCUGCGUCAAAAGUGUGGCGCUAAACCAAGGCGUUGUGAGUGAGGCAGGUGGAGGGAACCAAGCUGCAGCACCAAUCGCGAUUGCGUUCGUGGGUAUGGUGGCUGAACUGAUGAUGGUGUUGGAUAGCAAACAGGGUCCUGGUCCGAAGCACAUGAAGGAGAUUACAAAGCGAGCCCGUCGUCGAGAAGCAAAACAACAGCAAAUGCUGCAACUCCAAAAGCAACUACUGCACCAACAACAACAACAACAACAGCACCAGUUGUCUACACGAGUGAAUAGCCGCAUCACUUCUGUGGGUACUGAUGGUUGCAGUGGUGUUGGAGGGGCUCCAAACAACAGUUCCACAUCAACUGUUUCUCGAGCGCUACACGGUCACCACCACGGCCACCAUUUGGUGCACCACUCGGCCACGUGCGUUGCCUGUUGGGCAGAUCAGAAUAAUGGCAGUACUGUCGCCGCCGUUGCCGCUGUCACUGCUGGCUCCACGCCUGUGACCGGUGGGGGAGCUGCAGCCGUAUCACCGACUCCAACUGCCAACGUGGUACGAACACGUUCAUCCGUGUCUCGAAAACUCGAUUCAAUUACGAAGAACUCUGGUACCAUUCCUAGCGUGGACUUAGCUGCUGAUUUCGACGCUAUCAGCAAUUUGGCGGAAAUUUCCACCUCCUCUUCGUCAUCAUCUUUGCAUUAUCCCCAAAUGCGGUCUGACACUACCUCCCUCCUCUCAGCAUCACUUUCCCGUUCCGGACUUGGUGAAUCGAGUAGCAGUCAGGUCAGCCUGUGCGACAGUCACUCGCCAGCUAGCCUCCAUCAUCUCAAUGAGCACUUCCGCCCACCGCGUCCACCGCAGGGGAGUGCUGUAUUACAGGGCAAUGGGGGGAAUGCCAACAGCGUUAUCCCCGUCAGUGGUAUUGUUGGUAGUGGUAGCGGUGGUGGUAAUGUUAGUGUUGGCGUAUUGACCCGAGCUGCAGCUUCGGCGUCGGCAUCAAACUCCUUCGGCAGCUUCUUUGAUGGAGCUUCGUCGACAGCCUCCUCCACCACCUCGACGCCCUCUACACCAACUCGUCGACACAAUCGGCGCACGCGUCUUCCACCUGUUAAAAUAUCUUCUGCUGGCCUUGAGCCACGUGCUCAGCCCAAAAUACCAUUCCAUACGCCUUGCUAUAUUGCACGCAGAGAUAACAACAAUGUGAGCCUGGACAAUCGUCAAAUUAACAUGGCUAUGCAACGCGAGAUUCGGCUGCGUAAUCGAAUCGUCAAUCCUCCUUCAGCAGCCUUUAAGGGACCUCAGGCACUCACUGACACCUCGGCAACCGAUGCUGAAGACCGUUCCGCUCCUACUGUCUCUGCUACUACCACUGGUGCCACUGUCGGAAACGCUGCUGCCCCAGCUAGUGGUAGCAGUCUCUCAACUGACCUUCGCGUCUAA